CUACUCGAGCGACGAUCACACUCAACCUGGCAGAGUAAUUUGAACAUGCACAGUAGUUUUUAAAUAUUUGUUAUAAUAUUAAUGUGAUGUUUUACGUUUAGCUCUUAGGUUAUGAAAUAUUUUACUAUCAACGUGACGUCGUACUGGCGCACUUUAUUUUGUUAGUGCUGCGGUUUUCCCAAGAUUCAUAUCGACGUUCGGGACAUAUUCGGUUAGUUCCAGUGGCACUGUGCGUAGUAAUGUAUUCUGUUUAGUUUUUUAUCAACUAGCACGCCCGCAACACAUUACUCUGCAGCAUGGAAAGUAAUACCAAAAUGAUACCACCAAGUAAACCGGUGGUGCCCCUCAGCAGUGACGACAGUGUUAGUGUACUGUCUAUGAUCUACCGUUUCUUUAAGAAGGUAUCAAUAGUCGGCGCCGUGUACCUGGUGGGCUACAUGCAAUGGAGCGUGGCGUGGCUGAUCGGGCCCGUGGUGCUGUCGGUGCUGCGCGACCAGUGGCGCCGCGACAACGAGUACCGGCGCUCGCUGGCCAAGGCAGCCGCCGUCUCCAGCGAGAAGGACAUCGUGCUGGCGAGGAUCGACGAUCUGCCUGCAUGGGUGUUCUUUCCCGACGUGGAACGUGCAGAAUGGUUAAAUAGAAUUCUUCUCCAAGUAUGGCCAAACGUAAAUCAUUACGCGCGUAACCUGUUGAAGGAUACUAUCGAGCCGGCCGUAGCCGAGAGCUUGGCUAAUUACAAAAUGACUGGGUUCAGAUUUGAGCGCUCGAUCCUGGGCACUAUUGCACCAAGGGUCGGUGGCGUGAAGGUUUACGACAAGAAUCUCUCGAGGGACGAAAUCAUCAUGGAUAUUGAUCUCUUUUAUGCUGGGGACUGUGAUAUCUCAUUUGUUCUCCAAGGUAUUCGCGGGGGUAUAAAGGAUCUGCAGAUCCACGGUAUGGUCCGCGUAGUAAUGAAGCCGCUCAUCACGAAGAUCCCGCUGGUGGGGGGGCUGCAGGUGUUCUUCCUCAACAACCCUUCCAUCGACUUCAACCUGGUGGGCGCGGCCGACGUGCUCGACAUGCCGGGCCUCAGCGACAUACUGCGGCGCUGCAUCGUGGAGCAGAUCGCCAACAUGAUGGUGCUGCCCAACAAGCUGCCCAUCAAGCUGAGCGACGAGAUCCCCACCGUCGACCUGCGCAUGCCCGACCCGGAGGGAGUGCUGCGUAUACAUCUGGUGCAAGCUCAAAAUCUCAUGAAGAAGGAUAUUUCGAUGUUAGGCAAGGGUAAGUCGGACCCGUACGCGAUCAUCACGGUGGGCGCGCAGAAGUGGAAGACCAAGCACAUCGACAACAACAUCAACCCGCGCUGGGACUACUGGUGUGAGGCUGUAAUAAGUUCAAGGAAGAGCCAGGUGGUGCAGUGCGAGCUGUGGGACUGGGACCCGGGGAUGGGCAUUCAGAACGAUGAUUACCUCGGCAGGUGCUCCUUGGAUAUAUCGCAAGUGGUGCGCUCCGGUCGCUUGGAUACGUGGCAAACUCUUCAAGAAGCAAAACACGGGAAAGUGGAGUUGCGACUGUCGUGGCAUCGUCUCACCACGGAUGUGACUGAACUUUCACGGGCUAUAACCGAGACGCAGCUGAUCAAGUCCGGGGAGCUGAGUGCAGCCGUCCUUUCUGUCUACAUCGACUCGUGUAAAAAGCUACCGGACGCGCGCGUGGGCUCGCGGCCCGACCCCUACCUGACGGUGACGGUGGGCAAGAAGACGGAGAACACGGCCGUGCAGAUGCGCACCGGCGACCCCGUCUACGAGAUCGGCUACUCCUUCCUGGUGCAGAACCCCGAGAUCAACACACUCGAGAUAAAGGUAUUGGACCAAAAGACGGGCACCGCGCUGGGGCAGCUGUCGUACGCCAUCGGGCUGCUGCUGAAGCAGAAGGACCUGAGUCUGCUGACGCAGCCGAUCAUGCUGCAGAGGUCCGGCCCGGAGUCGAGGGUGCUACUCUCCAUGCAACUUAAGAUACUGCAAGAGGCGAUCAAAGAGGAAGACAUAGUGGAGGAGCCGGUGGGCCAGCCCGCCGCGCCGCCCGCGCCCGCCCCCGCCCCCGCGGCGCCCUCGCCCGCCGCCACCGCCACCGACGGACCAGCGCCAGCGCCUGCUGCACCAGAAAAUUCGACACCGGAGCUAGUGAAUCUGGAAGAUGGCGCGCCAGAUAGUGCCUCACAGAAAUCAAUUCCAGUCGAGGAGAUGGUCAAGGAAGUUGAUGUACCUCAAGAAUCUCAAGCUCCGACUGGCCGGGGCUCGCCGAAACUCAUUCACAGAACAUCUUCGCUCACCACGUCGGCAGGCGAGGCCGGGCUGGGCCGCAUCCUGAUUUCGCUGCGCUACAGCAUGCCCUCGCAAACGCUCUUCAUCGUCGUGCACAAGAUCAUGAAUAUACCCCUGAAGGACCCAACAAAUGUGCCCGACCCGUACGUGAAAUUGUACUUGCUGCCAGGGCGCUCUAAAGAUUCCAAACGGAAAACGGCUGUGGUGAAAGAUAGUUGCAUGCCGGAGUUCGACGAGAAGUUCGAGUGGUCGAUCCCACACGCGGAGCUGCACUCGCGGCAGGUGGAGGUGACCGUCGCCACGCACAAGGGUUUCCUCGGCGGCAGCCCCGUCAUCGGACAGGUUAUUGUGCACCUCAACCAGUAUGAUUUCCUGGAAGCAAAAACUCUUUGGUUUGACUUGUUGCCAGAGACACCAAGAGAUUAAUUUUAUUUUGAUUUACAAUACCGGUCUACAUCUAGUGAGCGACAAAGGCGCUAUAAAGGUCUUCGCGUGCGAUUGUGAAGCGGAUCCGCACUUUGUGUUCCGAUUUUUGUCGUUGUUUUUCAUAAAGAUUCAAAACUUUGCUAUCAUUCACUUUUCAAUGGUUCGCGACUCGUAUGCUCCGUAGCUUCCGCGCGCUAUAUGUAGAGCGGCAUUAAUAUUACUAUUUUUAAUUUCUAUGUUGUUAAUCUCAUAUUAUUUUGCAUUUAAAAAACACUUAGAAAAUUGGCUUAAACUUUAUGAUCUGUUGUAACUAAAAACCUUUUUAUAUAUUUUUUUAUUGAUGUAAUUUACCUAAAUCAAGCAUUUAAUAUGAAUUAGACCUAUGACCUAUGGCAUACGCAGUGCAAGUGUUAUUUAUACGUCAUAUUUCAUAGAAGUUUGAUUUGCACUGGCUGCACUGCGUGUGCUAUCAAAAUCGUUGCAGACUUAUCUUGGUCCAAGUAAUCUAAUGUAUGUUUGAAUUGAAUAUAAUUAGUAUGUUUACUUCGUUUUUGAUCUUGAUAUUAUUAUAUUCACAUCGUCUUUCACGUUAGUCUUUGUCACCUAUUUUAUUCUGACUGCUAUUGCUAUGUAGUAUGAAUGAAUGGGCAAUUACUAUUUCGUUUCGUUGUAAUUAUAUCAUAAUGCUUUUAUGCUAUUAUACACUUGUUAAUAAAUAUAAAACUGAGCCCAAACAUUGUAUCCACAAUUACAAAAGCAACUCUGCCUUUUUGUCAUCAUCUCACAAAUAAACUGAGAACGGCUGAACCGAUUUUAAUUAAAUCAUAUAUGUAGAUGGAUAUGUACUAUGAUCUUUGGCAAUCCAUCCCGGGGGAGGAAAGACGGAAAUCGACACAGAUUCAAUCCACGCGGGCAGAGGCACGGGCACAGCGAGUAAAAAAUAUAAUAUUGUGAUAGAAAACAAACUUAUGGUCAAUUAAAAAUAUUUCGCUGUGCUAUAUUCAUUAUAAUUACAUUAUUAAAAGAAAUUCAGCAUAAAUCUAAUGACAGGUAACUAAUCAUGCACAAUAAUGCACAUGCUCAGGUACUUAAUUAAAAAAAGAUACUGUAGCACAGCUAUAGUCAAAUUGUGAUUUAGGCGUUUUUUGUGUGACAUAUACUUAAAAUGUUUAGUGCCAACAUGUAUUUUGAUUUAUCCGCAUGCAAGCAAAAAUUCUUAAAAAAUCGCAUAGCAGAAACAGACUGAUUUAUUUAUUACAUAAUAUGUAGUUUUAUAUGUUUCUUACUUUGCUGUAACAAUUGAACCCGUUUUUAAAGGCUAUUUUGGAUGUAGUGUAUGUUAAGAAAUACGCAAGUAAUGUUUCAGUGAUUUAUUAAAUGUCUAUAAUGUAAAAAAAAAUCUUUUACAUCUGUUAUUGUUGUUUCAUAGUUUCUUUAUGAUUAACUCUUAUCUCUUAACUUAAUAAUUAAAUAAGAAUAGUAUGCAAGCUUACCAAAUGAAACCUUGGGCCAUCUUAAACUAUGUAUAGUAGUGACAUAAAUUUUAUUGUAAGCAAUCUCAUACCAUUGGUUAAUUUGAGGUGGUUCAAGGUUUUAAUUUGCUGAGAGUGCCUACUUCACGUGAGCGGAGGUGUAUAAGUUGUAAUUCAUACAUUUUAAUUUGCUGAGAGUGCCUACUUCACGUGAGCGGAGGUGUAUAAGUUGUAAUUCAUACAUUUUAAUUUGCUGAGAGUGCCUACUUCACGUGAGCGGAGGUGUAUAAGUUGUAAUUCAUACAUUUUAAUUUGCUGAGAGUGCCUACUUCACGUGAGCGGAGGUGUAUAAGUUGUAAUUCAUACAUUUUAAUUUGCUGAGAGUGCCUACUUCACGUGAGCGGAGGUGUAUAAGUUGUAAUUCAUACAUUUUAAUUUGCUGAGAGUGCCUACUUCACGUGAGCGGAGGUGUAUAAGUUGUAAUUCAUACAUUUUAAUUUGCUGAGAGUGCCUACUUCACGUGAGCGGAGGUGUAAAUUGUAACUCAUUCUUAUGGUUGCACAUGUAGUUCAUUAUUUAGUAAAAAUCAUUUUCAAAUGUCUUAUUUUCUUAUGAAAUAUUUAUGCAUGUAGUUGUUAAAAUGCUUAUAUGAGAUUUUAAUAAAUAUUUCUUAAUAAAA